AUGACCAAUAUAUCGUGGUUCCCAGAGGAUGGAAUUAUCGAGCCACUUUUCCCAACGAAUCUUAAUGAAACAUAUGGAUUCAACGACAGCGAGACAUUCUUAUACGAUGACAUUGAUAGUUUAUACGAUGUACCGGUAGGAAUAAUAUUCCUAUUAAGUAUAUGUUAUGGAAGCAUAUCAGUACUUGCUGUGGUGGGUAAUUCUCUGGUGAUGUGGAUUAUUGCGACUUCCAGACGAAUGCAAAGUGUUACUAAUUGCUUUAUUGCUAAUCUCGCGCUCGCUGAUAUUGUUAUUGGACUGUUUGUUAUUCCAUUUCAAGCAGCAUUGCUUCAGCGAUGGAAUUUACCCCAUUUCAUGUGUGCAUUUUGUCCAUUUGUCCAAGUGCUUUGCGUUAAUGUAUCUGUAUUUACAUUGACAGCAAUCGCUAUAGACCGACAUCGAGCGAUAUUAAAACCUUUAAGUGCACGUCCGAGUAAGCUUAGAGCUAAAAUGAUCAUCGCUGGGAUUUGGGUGAUAAGUGGAGUUUUAGCAGCUCCUAUGGCUGCUGCACUUCGAGUUAUUUUUAUACCAGAGCAUAUUGCAGGACGACUACAUUUACGGCCGUUUUGUCAAAAUGAAAAUAUGUCGGAAAAAUCAAUGCUGACUUAUCGAGCGUUACUUGGAUUUUUACAAUACCUUACUCCAUUAUCAAUAAUAUCGUGUGUAUAUACACGAAUGGCGCUUAGGCUUUGGGGCAGUAAAGCACCCGGCAAUGCACAGGAUUCACGUGACGCAAACCUUAUGAAAAAUAAAAAAAAAGUUAUUAAAAUGCUAGUUAUAGUAGUCGCGCUCUUUGCAAUCUGUUGGCUUCCCCUCCAAACCUACAAUGUUCUACAGUACAAUUAUCCAGAAAUAAAUGAAUACAGAUAUAUAAAUAUUAUAUGGUUUUGUUUCGACUGGUUGGCUAUGUCAAACAGUUGUUACAACCCUUUUAUCUAUGGAAUUUACAAUGAAAAAUUUAAAAGAGAAUUUAAACAAAGAUGUCCGUUUACAUCUAGAAGAUGGUCAACGAAUCAUCCAAUAGAUAGUUACGAUAUGGAUAAAACACAGAGUACUAGGACAUCAUUCAAGUACAUCCUUAGGUACGACUGGCGUAAACAUGCUCAAGAAAACAAUUAUUCCGCAAAUUCAUCAAUCUGUAGAGGCGUAUCUCUCCGUGAUUCGUCCCGAGUGCCGAUAAAACCUACCCAGAAUAAAAUGGAACCACGAAAUAACAAUUAUUUAAAUCGAGCACAACGUACUAAUUGUCGAAAUAAAACAACUAAAUUGACGAUGGCCACCACUACAGAAAAUAAUGAAACGCUUACUACGGAUUUUUAUGUUUAUGCUGACAAACAUAAACGCGCCGAAAACAAUUCAAGUGAUCUCGAGGAAUUGUGUCUAUAA